AUGGCUGAGAUAAUUGACGACAAAUCCCAAUACUGCAUCCCAUUCCUCCUGAAGCGGCUGGAAGCCCACCAGGCACGGUACGGGAAGGACCCCGAGCAUACCCCGCCGUUCUUCCUAGGUCUGAACGGAGUCCAAGGAGCAGGGAAAACAGUGCUGGUCUCAACGCUCCAAUCCACCCUCCGCGCACCCCCGUACUCCCUGCCCGUCGUCACGAUCUCCCUCGACGACUUCUACCUCACCCACGACGAGCAGCAGAAACUAGCCAAGACCUUCCCCACCAACCCCCUCCUGCAGCAUCGCGGGCAGCCGGGUACGCACGACCUCCCCCUCGCCGAGCAGGUCUUCGCAUCCCUCCGUGCCGGCCGUCCUACUGCGAUCCCGCAAUAUGACAAGUCGGCUUAUGCGGGACAAGGAGACCGCGUACCCGAGAGUCAAUGGGAGACGGUAAAUGGCAGCGGACAGGAGAAGAUCAAGGUGAUUAUCUUCGAGGGUUGGUGUGUUGGGUUCCGGGCCUUGGAUGAUGGGCUCCUGAGGGAGAAGUGGGAGGCUGCGGUCCGCCAAAGGGACCAGGGGGCCUAUAAUGGCCGAUUGGGAUAUGUGAGGUUUGAAGACGUGAAGGCCAUCAACGAUGCGCUAAGGCAGUAUGAUGUGUUGACCGAUCAGUUGGAUGCAUUGAUCCAUAUCGAUGCGCAAGACUCCCACUUCGUCUACGACUGGCGACAGGAGCAAGAAAGAACCCUCCGCGCAGCCAAAGGGACUGGUAUGACCGAAGAACAAGUGUCGCAUUUCGUCGAUGGCUACUAUCCGUCCUACGAACUGUUUACCGAAAAUCUCCGAAGAGGUGCGUUCAGACCGGCCGCGGGUUCCUCCGAUGGAGACUGGCAAAAUAGACAACUUCGUCUGGUUGUCAACAGAGAGCGAAGAGUUCAAGAAGUCGUUGAGAUAUAG